AAUUAAAGAAAUUAUUUUUUUGGUGAAAAAUAUCUACGCCGUUGCUGCUGAUGCUAACGAGUUGGUUUGGUCUUUGGUGGCUGAAAUUCAGCUGAAGAUAUGCUUUUGCUAAGCUCUUCUACCGGCGGUCUUGCUGCCGGAAAAUGUUCCAUCAAAUUCACGGCUCCGAUUCAACCUUUCUUCUCCAAUACUACCAUUAAUCCAAGACCCAAGUUCCUUUUCAAAGGGAACACUCAGAAACGCCUUAAUCUCAUUUUAGCUAAGGCCGAGGGUGGCGUAGAUUCUUCCUCUGCAACGAAACAGUCUUCUUCUAGCUCCUCCACUGCAUCAUCCCCUCCGCCAUUCAACAAUGAAGAUACCGUCUUUGUGGGUCAAGAGGGUGUUCCGUUGGAGGGUGUGAUCCAGUUCGACAAACCUGCUUCAUCUUCUUCUUUGAAUAAAUGGGGUCGCAUUGCCCUGCUUUCUGGUGGGGAUGUUUUGGCUUUGCUUUUAUUCUCUGCAAUUGGAAGAUUCAAUCAUGGCCUUCCUCUCUUUGACUUGGGCACUCUACGUACAGCUGACCCUUUUAUAGCUGGAUGGUUCUUGAGUGCAUACUUUGUUGGUGGUUAUGCCGAGGAUGGUCGAGGAAUGAACGGUCUUUCAAAGGCUGUAUUUGCUGCUGCUAAGUCGUGGGCUCUAGGAAUUCCGCUGGGAUUAAUUAUAAGGACUGCAACAUCUGGCCAUAUCCCACCAUACAGCUUUAUCCUGGUAACCAUGGGAACCACUGCUGUUUUACUAAUUGGGUGGAGGGCACUAUUGUUCAGUAUUUUCCCCUACAAAACAAACAAGAACAAUGAUGUAUACCGUCGUGGUAGUCCAUUUGAGCUAUUUGAGUUGCUUACAUCACUGGUUCGAAGGUGGUAACAGUGGACCUUAAAAAAAAAAAAGAGUGCUAAGAAGAAGACCCAGUUCCUCUUCCAUGAAUUUGUACUCUAUCGGGGAAAUCCUUCUCACAGUGUUUCAUCUCACAUAUGGUCAUUGUACUUAUUGGCUACGUUUUUUGACAGGGCUGGACCUCAGACAGAUUGAUUUCGAGCAGAACACAACACGAUUCUUUAAUUUUAGAACACAAUAAGUUGAAAUUGGCGGAUGUGUUGUCCAUUGUGCAGAAACCAGGAGAGAACCAAACCCUAACGCUACUCCAGUGAGUAGUAAUCCACACUGUUGAAAUGUGGUUAUUGUCACCUAAAGAAAUGUUAUGACCUCAUAAAUUUAUCCUUUUUUUCUUCUGAAUAGUUAGUUAUAGUGUUUAGAUACAUUAGUUUAUAGAUUGAUUUUAAUUUGUUAAAUCAAGUAGUUUCUUGAGCUAGUUUAUUAAAAUGAUAUGAUUUGGUUAAGAUAAGGACAUGCUUAAUGUGUUAGAAAUCUGAAGCAUAUUUACUAUGUAAUAUACUAUACAAUAUAUAAUAUGAGAUAGUUCUCUUUUUUACCUUAAUAGAUUUGCAUUUGUCUCAAGAUUUGAUCUUAAAGUGAUCCCUUUAUUUUUUCUUUUUUCUUUUUUCUCUUUUUACCUUAUAAAUGGGCUAGUUCUCUUUUUUACCUUAAGGAAGGUAAAAUGCUGGGCCACAUGGUCUGUGAGGUAGAGACUCGCCCUAUGGUGACCAAUGAGUAAAAAUGAAGAAACAAUGAAUCAGCACCUACAGAGACCUUUCCAUUUUUGCUCCUCUCUGUAGAAGCAUGGUGAAAUUCAAUCAACUAAUUUAACACAAACCCAAAACAGUACUGUAUCAAGAACCUGCUGUGAUUGCUUUAUAAUAAUCUUGAGUUGAAUUC